AUCACCGUGAGCCGUGAUUCAAAGAGGAAACAUUCAAUGCCAUACCGCUAACCACCUGCGUCUGCGUCUGCUGAGACUAUGCAUUAGGCGGAGAAGACAGUACUGAGAUCCAAAUGGAUGCAUUGUAUAUCACACACAGCACUCCAGAGGUGAAUUUAUUCAGUGAGCCUUGCGAGCUCUCUCUCUGUGUCUCUCUGUAGGCCGCUGUCGUGCUGAAAUUCACCGGCAAGAGUACUGUGUUCUGCAGAUCACUGAUAUUACUCAUGCCGCUCACAACAACGAAAGGGGUUUCUCUUAUAGAGCUGGAGUGUGGGGUUAACGUGAUGUGUUGAUCAUAUUCCAGGUAGUGCUGUUUUUCUUUACGAAGGAAAAUGCUGUAGUUGCUAAGCGCUUGGAGUUUUGUACAAGCGAAGCGUGCAUCGAGGAAUUCUAUUUGUUUAAUUGAACUGCACCGUUCUCGCCUGGAUUUAUAAUGGAUUUGUCCGUGUGCUCAGGUGGUCAUGUGAUCUAGGGAUGUGGAUCGCGGAGAGUCGAUAUCGGAAUGAACAUUGCCUGCCCGGUAGCAGAAUCGACAGCGCCGCCCGGAGGGGGACUUCCACAGGGCACACCUGCAGGGGCCAUUCACAAGAACACAGGAUCGUUUGUUGAUCUUUCCCCAGGGUACCCAUCCCCCCUGAAUGCGAUUGUCUACAAUUAGGAAACAGGGGAUCAUUGGCUGUACGGGUGUACCCUUAGUAAUGCAAUACUCUUUACGGGACUGGUGCAAAGUAUCUGUGCAAUAUUGGAUCUUACAUUAGGAAUAUACUCAAGUGCUAGCGCUGCAUGUGCUUGAAUCGAAUUUAGGGGAGUAGUCUCAUUGGUUGAUCAAAUAGGACAACAAUGUCUCAGCAAGUGGAAAAUAAUAACCGGGGGAUCCAGCGAAAGGCUGCCUCGGAGAAGCGAGAGAGGGACGUCACGGUGAGAGUAGUCAAACAGACCUCGUCUGUCCGGAUAAGUAAUUCCUCCGGUAAUGCUGAAGCGGCGAUGCGUAUACUUCUUGCCUCAACGUCCAGCCCCCGAUCUAGUCUACGGAGAAGUGAGCCCUCGCUUGCUCCGACACCUACAUCACCCACGUCCACCCCCUCUAAAAGCCCCACAAGUCAAUCUCCACCGGUGACAAUCAAAGACAGGACCUCUAAAACGGAAUCAUACUCCAGCCGCAGCUCCAAAUCGGAGUCAAACAUUUCUGGGAAAUCUAGCCAAUUUGGAAGUUUACGGAGCUCCACCUCCAGUAGGAUGUCCACAGGGCCCACUGCACGUAGGAUUAGCGCUAAAAAGGCACAAUCACCGGAGAAAGCGGAACCAGAUGCACCUCCAACUCCUCCUGCCAUGGAAUCAAGAAAGAUUGAUCUUCUAACGGAAAAGCUAGAAAUCAUCGAGCCAGUGGCGUACGAAAACUACUUGACCCAGAAGCGCUCGCAACUCAGCAAUGACCCUCUUCGGCUCAUGCUGCUGUUUCCCGUCGACGACGUAUCGGCAUCCACCAUCCCUAGAACGUUACGUACCACCUGUUCAACAGUACCAGACUGUGCUUUGAGAGAAGCUGACGCUAACUUUGUCAAAGAGUGUAUAAAUAGCUAUACAUCAGAAUGGAGGGUAAUCAACAACAAAUAUGCAGCAUAUGCUGGGAGUUAUCAAGAUUUACCAAACUAUCGUAUGCCAGACAAGCUUGCUGUACAGCAUUAUGAAGUGGACGAGACGGACGAGAAUAAACAAGAUGACUCCCUCCUCUCACCAUCCGGGAGUAUAUGCAAGCAAGGCUUCCUACACAAAACACCAUUUGGAAGCAGAGGAGAUAUACAAUUCAUGCGGUCAUACAAGAGAAGAUUCUUCUACCUGAAGCAGCUUGCAGAUAGGUCCUUCUUGCUGGAAUACCACAAAGAUGACAAAAGCACAGAAGCAAAAGGCAAUAUGUACCUUGACUCUCUUCAGGAAGUUAUAAAGACGGUAAAAGGUCGGAAAUAUGGCAUGGAACUGAGGAUGGACAAGAAUGAGGUGUACAACAUCGCUGCAGAGAGUGAAGCCGAGAUGGAGGAGUGGUAUAGCGCCCUCUAUAAGGUGAUUGAGCAACAGAAAGCCGACUCCAACAGUGACAAGCAGAGUGUGUCUUCCAUUGAUGAUUUAGAUCAAGAAUAUGCCGAUGACCUAUCACCGACGGGAAAGCCAGAGUCCUUCAUGCAAAGUCUGGAGAACAGCAAGCAUCCGGAGCUUCAGAAGUACGCCAGAGAAACUGAACGAAUGAACGCACAAAAGAGGAGAGAGAACAGACAGAAAUUGUUCCAGCUCUACCCGCGCAUGCAGCAUGGCGAGAAGUCUACAGGAGAGCCAGAGUGUAAACCUUAUGAGGAAGAGUUUGGGAAACGCAUUGUUGUAGAGGUGUCUGAACUGCUCUUCAGGUUAUCAUCAGCACUGAACACCAUCAAUGAGCCAACCGAGUCAGUGGAAAGAGGUGCUAAACUUUUCAAUCCUGAACCAUUCUUCCUGACACUGGCUCUCUACGAUGCCCGCAACCAGCGGAAGGUAUCAGAGGACUUCCACGUCGACAUCAACCCACCGCAGAUCCGGCACAUGCUGGACCGCUUCAACGACACGGGAGACGGUCCAAAGUCACCUAGAACCAUCCCCGACGUCAGCGAUCUGGACAAGAAUUGGAUCAAGAGCCCAAAGAAGGGUAUCUUCACUGUAAGGCAGGCCCACUCUGAGAUCUACCUUGUCGCCAGGAUAGAGAAAGUCCUUCAGGGAAGCAUCGCAAACUUCGCUGAGCCUUACACCAAGCCGGGUGACACGGUCAAGACGUGCCAGAAGGUCAUGAAGCAAGCCAAGGUCUUCUGCAGUAGGAUGGGGCAGUACCGUAUGCCCUUAGCCUGGGCAGCAAGGAAAGUGUUCAAGUCUGACUAUGGUGAUCUGGACAUGAAGGGUGACUUCAUGCCUAUCUACCGGCAGGAGAGCUCCAAGUUAUCCAACGAGGAUCUGCUCAAGUACCUCCAUGAUAUCAGGAGGAACCCUGAGAAACUAGCCAAGCUGACAGAACUCCCAGGAACCAUCAAGGUCUUCAUGGAACCACACGCAAGAAUGCUUAGCAAUUGCCUCACACCAUCACUAAUACCCAUCAUGCCUUGGCCGUCCGACCUGGCCGACCAGCCGACCUUUGAAAUAGAAGAGUUCUUACCCGAGGACGGCAAGGUUGCCUACCCGUUCAGUAACUAUGUCAACAACCUGUACAUCUACCCCAUACAGCUCAAGUAUGAUGCUCAGAAGACAUUUGCAAAGGCCAGGAACAUCGCCAUGCACAUAGAGUUCCGAGACUCUGACGAUGAAGGGGCACAACCGUUGCGUUGCUUCUACGGUAGACCUGGAGGAAGCCUCUUCACCUCGUCAGGCAGUGUGUCUGUACUGCACCACCAGCAGGUGCCGGAGUUCUAUGAAGAGGUGAAGCUAGCCUUGCCAACACAGCUGAACAGCAAGCACCAUCUACUGUUCCGCUUCUACCACGUCAGCUGCGAGACAGGCAAGGGCACCGUCAAGAAGAAGGAGACCGUUGAUUCAUUCGUUGGCUACUCAUGGAUCCCACUUCUAGAUAAGGCGCAAAAACUGAACAAUGGAGAGAUAACCGUUCCAGUGGCUGCAUCCAUGCCUAACGGAUACUUGUCUUCUAAGGGAGGUCAGGGAAAGACUCCAGAAGUGAAGUGGGUCGAUGGAGGGAAACCUUUGCUCAAAGUGGAUCUCAAACCAGUCACAACCAUCUACUCAACAGACCCACACCUACACAAUUUCUUCCAGCAGUGUGAGGGAUGGGACGGAUCGCAGAAAAGCUGUCUAGAAAUCAUAACCUGCGUUAAGGCUAUGCAUGCUGUGGAGCCAAAGACAUUCAUCAACUUCCUUCCAGUAAUCAUGAACAAACUCUUCGGCCUCCUACCAGUCAGCUUAGUCGAUGAAGUCCAGCUUAACAUUGUCAGGCUGAUCAUCUUCAUGGUAGCACAAAUCCAAUCUGUGAACAGAGAGGACGUUCUGCGCUCCUACGUGAAGUACGUGUAUGAGACGGUGAGAGAGAACGAGAUGAGUCGAACCGUCCAUGAGGAGCUGGUCAAGAACCUGGCUGCAUCGCUACGUCCAAGCAUGGACCACAUGGUCAUUAAGAACCUUAUGAAGCAUCUUUGGUUCUUCUUUGCGAUUCUUAUCAAGAGUAUGGCUCAGCACCUUAUCUUGUCAAACAGACUUCAAGCUCCCAGACAUCAACGAUUCUCUACCAACUUUGAGACUGGUAUCAGGAACUUGGUCCAGGCUCUGUUGCCUCACAUCCGUCAGAAGCACAAGGAGUUUCCACAAGAAGCGAAGGAUGCAAACUACAAUUUAGCGUUCUUCAUCAAGAACUGCUUCACCUACAUGGACAGAGGUUUUGUGUUCAGAUUGAUCAACAACUAUCUUCAGUUCUUUGAUCCAGAGGACCCAAAGCCUCUGUUUGAGAUGAAGUUUGAGUUACUGAGAGUUGUCUGCAGCCAUGAGCAUUACAUCGCCCUCAACUUGCCGCUAACCAAGAAAGGUCAACAAACAAAACAGUUCAAAGUGGCUGGCUCAGCUGUACAGAGUGUGGGAGGAAGAGCGAAAGCCAAUCAGAAACCUGCUCAGAAACCCAAAGCGUAUGGAGGCAACUUCAGGAAGUAUGUUCCGUUCCGCCAAGGAAAAGACCAAUACAAAGACUUGAAGUACGACUAUUCAUUGACGGAGGAGUACUGUCAGAAUCACUUCCUGGCUGGGCUGUUGCUAAGGGAAGUGGGCGUGGCUCUACACGAUGUCACCGAGGUACGUCAGCAUGGUAUCAGGGUGCUACGGAACCUCCUGGCCAAGCACAGUGCAGAUGACAGAUAUCACUCUAAGCAACAUCAAGCUCGAAUCGCUACCCUCUAUCUCCCUCUCAUCUCCAUCAUCCUCGAGAACGUCCACCGUCUCGCCAAAGACCUCCCACAGACCAUCGGACCUGCAACCAACCUCAACGGAGGUCAGAACGAGAAUGUCUUUGACCUUUCAACCCUGUCCCAGGUCUCGACAGACAGUUCACAAGGUCAUCAAGGUCAUGAGAGAAGCAACAGCGUGUCGUCCAGUAGCAAGUCUCGCUCUCUCCAGAGGGACUCCAACGUGCUAGACAUCAUAGCUGGAAGAGCCAACGUGCGGGCUAGUCUCCCCCAAUCUUCACAUUUUGUGAGAAACACUGGAGUACGCCAUUCCAUUUCCGCCCCAUCCAUGCCCGAAGCCAAAGAAAGGCGAAUGAGCGCGUCAGCUGAACCAUCAGAGAACACCAGUAAAUACAGCAGGGCGCUAUCCAAUACAUCUUCCGUGCCCAGAAAUCGUAAUAGGCUAUCUUGGAGCAGUAGCUAUGCAGGAGGUGAAUCUACCGUUGAUAUGCAGUUUUUACGUGGCCUUCAGAGUAUAGCGACCCCACCGACAGCCCCAGGGGCGUUUUCAUCGUCGUCUUCCGCAUCCAACAAAGCUAGUAACCGCUUAUCCUGGAACUUUCCAGGAAAUCAAAUUAAAGCAGACCACACUUUCUGGCGAUCGCAUAGCCCGACUCGGCCCAGCGACAAGCCUAAAAGUGCCUCGCAAUAUAACAGUAUGGGCUACUUAGCGAUUCCAGGUGGCACUCCGUCCAUCUCAACGCCCCGCCCACUGACCGACAAGGAUCGGACCGGUUCCAGUAGCUCCCUCACCAGCAACACCAGUAUGUCACCGGGUCAGAUCCACGUCAAUGGGAACGCCACGCACACCUCUCUUAGCGAUACCAGCAUUGAUGGGCAUGGGCCCGUCUCGCGAUCGCACUCGCGGUCCAAGUCGUCGGCGAUCAUUUUCGACAAGCUGCUCGACCAUGAGAUCAAGGAUCUUCUCGUCAGCUUUCUCUACAUCAUUAAGAAUGUCAACGAAGAAGUACUGCUAGGCUGGUGGAGCCAGAGUUCAGAGGGCGACCAGCUCAAAUUAUUUGAUGUCCUAGAGCUAUGUCUUCAGCAUUUCAGAUACGUGGGCAAGAAGACCAUUAUGCAGAGCAAACUGCGUGAAAAACCGACAUCUAGUGAGCGGAGCCGUACCCUGCCAGUCAACAUCAAGAGGCUGCCACAAACCAGGUCCCUGAUUGAAGUGGGAGAUCUACCACUGGUUGCUGCUUUGACUGAAUCCGAUGCUGGCCAGAGAAUCAACCAGGAAGCAAAUCUAGCAGCAGAGUGUGGCAUGAUCAUCCUGGAUGUACUAGGUCUCUACUGCAUCAAUUUCAGGACGGCAAUGGACAGUGGGGAUGGCAACAACCCCUUAAUGAGGAAGGUGAUUGAUAUCUUCACCAGUUUCCUCCAUACAGGACAGUCAGAAUCAACACUCAAGAAUGUCUUCAGUUCCUUACGUCUCUUUCUAAACAGGUUCCCGGUGCCUCUUUUCAAAGGAACAGCCAACCUGUGCGGAGACCUCUGCCUAGCACUCCUGAAGAACCUAAAUUCCAAGCUCGUCUCGACAAGGAAUGAGGCGUGCGCUCUUCUCUAUCUUCUCAUGAGAAGUAACUUCGAGUUCACAACAAGGAAAGACUUUGUCAGAGUUCAUCUACAGGUGAUCAUCUCUGUAGCUUCAUUGAUUGGAGAGGCCAACAGUUCUCACUUCCAAGAGUCCUUAGCAACCAUCAACAACUAUGCAAACAGUGACAAGGGCAUGCAGCACACCGCUUUCCCGUCACAAGUCAAAGACCUGACCAAGAAGAUCCGCACUGUUCUCAUGGCAACGGCCCAGAUGAAGGAACACGAGAAGGACCCAGAGAUGCUGGUGGACCUCCAGUACAAGCUCGCCAAGUCCUACGCCAGUACCCCUGAGCUUAGAAGGACAUGGCUGGACAGUAUGGCUAGGAUACACAUAGAAAACGGCAACUAUUCUGAGGCUGCACACUGUUACAUCCACAUAGCAGCUCUGAUAGCUGAGUACCUGAAGCGAAAGGGAACCUAUUCUCAGGGCGUCCAGGCCUUCAGGAGCAUCUCACCAAACAUAGAAGGAGAGGAGAAAGGCAUCAAGAGCGAUUCAGGAAUGCAAGAUGUACAGUAUACAGAGGAUAACCUCCUUGCUGAGUUGGAGCUUUGUGCUGAAGGCCUGCAGAAGGCAGAGAGAUACGAGUCAAUGGGAGAAGUCUAUAAACUCAUCAUCCCGUUCUAUGAGAAGAAGAGAGAUUUCCAGAGACUUGCUCUGGCCUAUGGGAAGCUAAGCAAAGCCUACGAGAAGGUCAUGAAACUACAAGGUACUGGCAAGCUGUUACUAGGCAACUACUUCAGGGUCGCAUUCUUCGGUCAGCACUUUGAAGAGGAUGAUGGGAAGGAAUACAUCUACAAGGAGCCAAAGGUCACAACCUUACAAUCGAUCUGUGAGAGAUUACAAGCCCUUUUCUCCGACAAGUUUGGCUCUGAGAAUGUGCAGCUCAUCAGAGAUUCCAACAAGGUGAAUAUUGACACGUUGAAACCCGCCAUUGCCUACAUCCAAGUCACCUUCGUGAAGCCUUUCUUUGACGAGAGGGAGCUUGCGGAACGAAGGACCAUCUUUGAGCGGUCAAACAACAUCCGACGAUUCGUCUUUGAGAUGCCCUACACCAAGAAGGGAACUGCUAGGUCAGGGGCUGUGGAGGACCAGUUCAAGAGAAAGACCAUCCUUACAACCUCCCACACAUUCCCGUACAUCACCAAGCGAAUCCAGGUGGUGUACCAGCAGUCUCAGGAGUUCAACCCCCUCCAGGUGGCCGUAGAGGAGCUCCAGGUCAAGGUCAAGGAGAUGAACGAGGUCUUGGACAUGGAAAACGUGGACAUGAAGAGGCUCCAGCUACUACUGCAGGGCAGUGUCAGCGUACAGGUCAACGCAGGACCAAUGGCUUAUGCUGCCGCCUUCCUAGGGAGAGGCAGGGAGGAAAAAUGGAACAGCCAACAAAUCAGUGACCUCAAGAAAGUCUUCAGGGAUUUUGUGACAUCAUGCCACAAUUCGCUGUACGUCAACGCUCAACUCAUCAAGUCUGAUCAGUACGAGUAUCAUGACGAUCUAGAACAGAAGUUCCAAUCCAUGGUCCACACAAUAUCAUCUCUAACGGGGGACAAGUUAACUGAUGACGAGCAAACAUUAGGGAGACGAUCUUCAUCCACCAUCUUCAGUGCCAUCAGCGGAACACCUUGACCUUUGCAUCUCAUGACCUGUGACCUCGCAAGAUUAACACUUGUCUGAAGCAAACGUAUAAUUCCAAAGAGGUUGUCAAUUCAAUGGAAUCUGUCCACCUGAAAGAGUGAUGGGAACUCUUUAUCCUGAUCACGUGAGAUGCUUUGGAGGCAGCCAAAAAUAUUAUAACGAUCUAAACUUGACACUGGAACUGACAUCUGCUCCAUGUCAUGAUUUUAUUCUCCAUUCAACCAACAGAUCUAUCUAACAAGUGACUGGUAUCCAGCUUCGGCAGUGGAUGACAUAACACAUUUCUCGAUAUUUCAACAACACACUCUGUAACAAUAUAAAGACUUUUUAAGAACAUUUAAGAACAUGUAUAAAUCUGCAUUUCUUUGCGUAACCUACAAAUUCCUGCUGCAGCCAAUAAUGAAAGUGGAGACUUUCAUCUGUGACGUAUCAGUUGCAACCUGUUAGUUUGACACGAGUUUUGUUCUCCAAAAGGGGAUAUUCUACCUGCUAUCAGCUUUGUGGAUACUUUACAUAAAUGUGUGUGAAAACUUGAAUUAAAAGACAGCAAGUUAUACAAAUGUAGAAUAAUGUUUUUAGACGGAUCUUGAAAUAUUGAAUUUUGGUUUUGUGAUCGGUAAUGAAAUAAAUGUAUGUUUUUUCUCAGAACAUUGCAUUUUUAAGUGCAUUUGAUAUGAAUCCAGGAGUAAAAUUUACACAGAAAUGCCAGCUAGUAUAUAAAGAUAUUGUGUAAUCUGUUAUACUGUUGAGGUUGUCAAAUUGCAAGUAAUGGCAGACAUGAAGAAAUAAAUAGUAAUGCUCUUUUUAAAAAUGUGUUGUUUUAUUACGUAAUAAUUCUCUCGUAGACAUUUUAAUGUUUAGAUAAAGAAACUAUUUAUUCAUUUUGUAGGUUAUAUAGUGAAGAGUAAUAUAUCUUUGUAGAGUUCAUUUACUAUUCAUAUGGGUGCUAACUGAUAUCUUUUGGGCAAUAUCUAAAUAUUUUCAGGCUUCAUUUAUUGAUGAUUAAAGGCUGGUAUAAAACGGUGACAUUGACCUAUGGCAGAGAUGUGUGAGUUGUCCCACUGGCAAUUUGAAUGGCUAUCCUAUUACUUAAAUUUGUCUCUUUUUGGAAAUAAAGUUAUCAGAAAAAUGAUGUAGACACACACAAAAUGAUGAUAUGUAAGUUGAAAUAUAAAGGACUACAUGGAAAGUCCCCUCUAAUAAGCUAAAUGGCAUCAAAUUGGAGUGUAUGACAUUACCUGUCAGUGUUAAACAUUUCUGGAUAGCCAUAAUUGGAUUUUAAGCUUAUUGUUGUUAACUUGAAAAUUACACAAUAAUGGAGAAAAUAUAAUUUUUGUGAAGCAAACUGCUACAAAACAUGAGGUGAUUUUCGGUGCAAUUAAGUAUUGUGGUCAAGAAAAGAAGUUGAUAAUGCAAUGUGAUACAUUUACGUGGAUGGAAAUAAGAAAGGGGCCAUUAUUGUGUGUUAAAUAGAAAAACUGUGUUCUUUCAUAUCAAAUUUUAACUAUUUGAAGCCAUGUUUGAGUUAUUUUGUUUGUAGAGAGUUCCAUGAUGUUUGAUGAGAUGUGAAUAAUAAUGAGUUCAUGAAAUCGCUUGUUAAUAAUGAUCUUGACAGUUUUCUUUUUUACAUUCCAUUAAUUCUUUUUGUUUUAGGAUGAUGUCAUUGUAGGGAAGAUGAAAGCAAAAACAGAAAUAUGAUGUAUAUGUUUGCAACUGACAUUUGUGCAAGCUUUUUUAUAUAUCUGUUUCCAUAUGGGAGUUUAAACUAUCAAAAUAGUAAUCUGAUGCAUAAAGUACAAAAAAUGAUGUGAUCUUUAUAUUACAUUUCCAUGUAUGAACUGAAUGUUGACUCUAAAGGCUCCAUAAUUUAAACUACAUGUAUUUUACUUGUAAAUUAAUUGCAAAUGGAGGGUGCGGAAAAAAAAAGGAAAAAAUCUGCUUUUAACAAGGGCCCCUGAGCAUACACAGUUGCAUGUACAGUACGUAUCUCUCUUUUUAGAUAUUACCGUAUAUAAAAUGCACAACUCUUACUAUCCUUAGACAUGUAUAAUCAUCUUUUUCAGCUGCAACAUGUUUUCUAAUGCGGUAUACUACAUGAUUUGUGAAUUGGGCUGUAGGUAAAGCUGAUCUGUUGGAAAGAUAUAAAACAUUAAAUGUUAAACAGACAAGACCCUUUGUGAACUUGGGUCAAUGGUGAAUUGUCCAUUUUCGAUUCUCACACUCAUCACGACUAAAUCUGCAAUAAAAAUCAUAUAACUUAAAAGAUAAUAGAUGUUAUAUUUUCUUUUCUUUUUUCUGAAAAGAGGUUUUUUUAAAUGAAAUUUGCUCUCAAUAUGCACCGGUGAGGGAUAAGGAACUAAUAAAUCAUGACUGAAAUAUUUUGCAAGAUCUUUUUUUCUAACUUUGAUCAGUGUUACAUUUUUUUCUUCAAAUUUGCUCUGCUAUCAUUAAUAUGUAUGAAAUAUGGAAAAUGACAUUAUUUAGUGAUCGGUUGCAUUUACUGUAUCAAUCAUUCUUUUACACUGUACUUCGUUGAAAAUGAUCACUAUCCAGUAAAGUCUGAAUUAGACGUUAAUGGUAAGGCAAGUAUUGGUUCAAUUAAUAUUUCUUUUCAGCAACUCAAAUUUUGUAAUGCAUCAAAUGUUUUGUAUGUGGUCCUGUUUUUCUAGGUGAUUUCUUUUUUAGAUAUAUAUCAUUAUAAUUGUAUAAAUUAUGAAUAAAUUAGUAUCUCAAGCAUAUUUAAAUGCACCAUCACCAUAUUCUUGGAAAAGAAAAAAUGAUAUUAAUGACUUCAGUGUUAAUUUGUUCAUAUGUGAAAAACAAGCAGUUUCCUUUUUGACUAUGUAAAUAAAUUGUAUCAUUUUACUAUCAUAACUUUAACAUUAAGUUUAACUUAAGAAGUCAUGCUAUAGUAAAUGUAUUUUACAUGAUGGGUUGUUUGUGUAUUUGUCUGUGAAUUAGUGUACAGUUAUAAUGAUAUGCCAAAAGAUAUGUUUAUUUUUUGAAGAAUAUGAGAUUGUGGUGGAUUUGUGUGUACUAAGCCUUGACAAUAUGCACUUGUAAAACAGGAUUGGAAAAAAAGAGAUGUUAGACAAAAUACCAAAUAAUUGUCUGAUUCGUAAGUAGCGCCAUGAAAGCUUUGAAUUUGUAAGUAAGGACAUUAAUUUGAUGCUGUAGAGGAAUGAAGACAUCCUAAUGCGGAUUUAAAAUUCGCUUAAAAAGCAAAGUAGAGUUUCACUUUACAUGUACAGUGUAACUAAGCUUGAAAACAAAACAGUUUCAAGAAUGUUCAUGCAACAAGAGAUGAAAUGAAUAUAGCGAUGGCAAGCUUUUCAACUUGUCUGGUUUCAAAAUUUCAGUGUAUUGUAUGAUUUUUUUUUAUUUUUAUUAGAUUUUUAAGUAUUUAAUAAAUAAGACCUCUUUGUAAAUGAUCUUAUUACUCUGAAAAAAUGCUUAGACCCAUAUAUUUGUGAUAAUGGUGGUGUAUAAUAUAGCAAUUUGAGGGGAAAAAAUGAUAUCUGUGAUAUUUAUAUCCUCAUUGGUAAAUUGGUUUCUGCUAUGUUAUAAUGAAUACAAUCUUGCACAAAUAAGAUAUUUUCCAGCCAUAUUAUUGUGUAUUGCUGAAUUUGAAGUAAAAGUUUAAUUAUCAACGUUUCUUUUGUUAAUUAUAUCACCAAGAUCAUUAGCCAGAAAUGUAUCUUCAUUAUCUGGUAAUUUUUUUUUUAAAUAGAAGAUCUAUGAUAAAGACAUGAUAUAUAGGUAUGAUUUAGUACAUUUUGAUUAUUAUAAAUGAAACACGAAAAACCACAGGGAUACUUAGUUUUUUGCUAAAUUGGUGUAUUUAUCUUCAAUUUAGCAUAAAUAUACUUGCCAAUGGAUACAUGUGAAUUACUGGUAGACUAGUUUCAGAAUGACUAAAUAGCAUUGCAUAAUGUUACUAGAGCAAGCUACUAAAUGUGGUAUAGGAAAGAAAUAAAAACUGACAUACGUUUAGUUACAUGUAGUAGCAUACAUGUAUGCCAAGAUAAUCAUAAUUGUUGACUAAAAGUAGUGAAGUCAACUACGAAUAUAAUUCCAUGAUAAAAUCGUCAUUGAUGUCAUGAAUUGAUAAAUCUGUACAUUCAUAUGAAAAAGCGGAAGAACUGUUACUAUCAUUUUUAUUCAUCAGUUUAUUUUUUUAAUCCAAUCAAUAAAGAUUUAGCUUCAUCAAAGAAUAUUUCUGUGUCCCCUUUUAGAAAUGUAAAAUAGAUAAUAUUUUAGUAUAAACCAUAAUCCUCCUACGAACCAGUAUAUCAGCAGCAGAUAUUUUAUGGAGAUAUAUUGCAGAACCGAUGCUACUUAUAUGCAAGAUAAAUGACAUGUAAAGAUGGCAUACCUUGACUCGGCUUCUUUUACUUUUGAUGAUUAUGUUUUAGCAGCUGUAUACAUACAUUGUUUUAUUACAGAUUAUCUGAUAAAUAACACAUGUUUCUGCUUUGAACUUGUAAGACUUGUUUCCUUGGGUAAAGUAGAAUGUAUGGACUUGCUCUCUCUACAGUUAUAGUCUGCUGCGAGAAAGGGGGUUAUUUCUGUCAUUUUUGUUUAUAUAGAGUUAACAGUCAUGCUCUAAGCAGACAGUAUAAUCUUUAUGAUAUUGUUAUUCAAGAAGUUCAAUAAACUAUCGGUAUGAUAGCUAACACUAAAUGUUUCACGUGAAACAAUGAGAGCUGUUUGUUUAUGAGUACAGGGUUUUAUUUACAUUUGAAUCAGUUACAUUUAGGUUAGAGUUCAGUAACAUCAAUGAAAAUUGAGUUGAAACGUUUUGUUUAAUCCAGCAGAUUCUAUUAAAUGUGUUGGCUCUGUUUUGUAAGACUUUUCCCCCUAAAUUUGUCAAGAACUAAUCAGACAAUAGGGGCAAGAUAAGACAGAAGAAAGCAUCAUGAUAAUGUGUACUAAUGAAUAAGAUAUUGUAAUAUCAUUCAUAAUAUUGUAAGAGUUAACAUAAACAAGAAUACAACAGUACAUUGCAUGUGUUGCGUUGGCGUAAUUACCCUUGCUAAUGCGAUGAAAGUAUAUUUGGUAAUACUUGUGACUGUAUUAUUAUUAUUUUCAAACUAUGUCAUGAUUAUGUAAUAUAUUGGUAGAGACCUCGUACCAUGGAUAUUUUUUACCCUUGACCCUGUUCUUCUCAUGACAUGUAUGUAGUGAUAGCGAAGAUGGAGGUGAAUAGUAUGUAUUGUUAUCAUCAAUAAGGUAAAUAAAUUCCAGGUGUGGCAGAUUAUUAUGCCAUGUCGAAAAUCUAUGAAA